CAGGUAUAUGUCACAGGGAAAACAUGCAGAAGCAAGAGAACUCAUGUAUUCAGGGGCUUUGCUAUUCUUCAGUCAUAACCAGCAAAACAGUGCUGCUGAUCUGUCCAUGCUGGUUUUGGAAUCUCUGGAGAAAUCGGAUGCAAAAGUAGCAGAUGACCUUUUAGAGAACUUGGCUAAAUUGUUUAGUUUAAUGGAUCCAAAUUCCCCCGAAAGAGUGGCUUUUGUAUCCAGAGCACUAAAAUGGUCUAGUGGUGGAUCAGGAAAACUUGGACAUCCAAAACUACACCAGUUACUAGCAAUUACCCUGUGGAAAGAACAAAACUAUAGUGAAUCUCGGUAUCACUUCUUGCACUCCACAGAUGGCGAAGGAUGUGCAAAUAUGCUAGUAGAAUACUCCUCAUCCAGGGGAUAUCGCAGUGAGGUGGACAUGUUUGUAGCACAAGCAGUAUUACAGUUUCUCUGCUUAAAAAAUAAGACCAGUGCACUGGUUGUUUUUACGACAUACACGCAGAAACAUCCUUCCAUAGAAAAGGGUCCACCUUUUGUUCAACCACUGCUAAACUUCAUCUGGUUUCUGUUGUUGGCAGUCGACGGAGGAAAACUAACAGUAUUUACAGUAUUGUGUGAACAGUAUCAACCUUCACUGAAAAGAGAUCCCAUGUAUAAUGAGUACCUAGAUAGAAUAGGACAGCUUUUCUUUGGUGUUCCGCCCAAGCAGACAUCGUCCUACGGAGGGUUACUAGGAAAUCUUUUAAACAGCCUGAUGGGAACUGGAGAAGAUGACGACACAGAAGAUGGUCAGGAAGACAGCAGUCCUAUUGAGCUCGACUGAAUGUUGUCAUUGGGUGCUGUGUAAUCAGAUGAUUCGAUGACUCCAAAGACAGUUUUGGAAUUUCAAUCCUGCAGCUGUUUCUUGGUGCCUAAAAGGGCUCCUCUGGUCUUCUAGAAAAGGUUGCUGAAAUGUUUAUAAUGUUCGGUCUAUAUUAUUUAUGUAAAAAAAAAAAAAAAGAAACCAACGAAAAGUAGCCAAAUGAACCAAUUGGAGCAAUUGUUAGCAGGUUUCUGAUACAGUGGCUGGUGACUUUGAUUAAAAUAUAGUCUUCUACGGUUUCUGAUGCAGUAUUCCCUUUUGCACAGUAAUUCAAUAAAGCAUAAACAUGGGUCUUGUACUUCAGGGCCUAUCCACUGCCGUCUUUAUUAUGAGAAAGCUUC